AUGUUGUCUGCUGCGGCAUCCUCCACCACCGAGACUCUCGAGACUAACUUCGCCGCAGUACAUUUCGUUGCCGGGGAAGAUGGCGAGUACCUUAUUACUGUCUCAGGCUCGCAGUACAGGUCGACUGUCUCCUGCUGGGAAGUGCCCCUGCGUGGGUCCCAGGCGUUCUGUGUCGCACAGCUGGAGGAUCAGGCCUCCCAUUAUCUCUUCGAGCUCGUGUGCAACGAGGAUCCCGACAGUCAAGGCACGUUCUGUUUGCAAACCAACCUAGAAGUCCCGUCUUUGAGAGUAUACUCCCUGGACAAGUUUCACGGACGCUUCGUCGCGCUAUCCGUAGACGUGCCAGUCAUUCCGGAUGCCUCAGUUCUGCUACUUCGUGGGAACUUCAUCCUAUUCGACAACCUGCAAGUGUACGAUUGGAAGAUGGACCGCUUGCUGAGCCUCAGCAUCAGCAGCGACGAUCCCGAUGUGGAGGACCUGGUACUCGGUGCAAAAUAUAUCAACGGAUAUUUCCUUAUAGUGCGGCGCCACUCGGGCGUCCUCGUCAAAGCGCCGAACCCCACCUCACCGGCUGUUCAGGGCGACCCAGGCCUCAUCAUACACUGGGACUUCCACGCCAUCCAGACCGCGAUCUACGUCCAGGACCCAUUCUACCGCGACCAGACCACCGGGUGGCCAAAGGUGCCCAUCACCAUCCUUCUGCGGGGCUUCGAGGUCAUCAAGCAGGUCGAUUUACUGGCCACAGUACCCAGCACCGCUGGGCCCUCUCGCGACACCAACGAUACGCCCGAGGCCGGAGUCGCGCUGCACGUCAUCAACAACAGGCUCAUCCCCAUCGUCCCCUCCCAUGCGGAGAUGCUCGUCGGACCGAGCGGCAAGGGCAUCUGGCUCGAGACGCGCAACAUCACGCGCAAGCACGCGACGUACCCCGCGCGCUGCAUCGUCGGCUUCAGCGUCCGGCGCGAGCAUGACGAGGAAGCGUGCGCGUCCGCGGCGUACCAGCCGCCGGGCAACGUAGUCGAGAUGUGCAAGAGCGAGGUGUUCGUGCAGAGACUUGGGUCGUGCGAGCUUGCGAGGCGCCGUUAUGGUUUGGGGUGUGUCGCAUUCGAAGACACUGUCGGCCGGAUAGCGUUUAUCGGAAGGGAUGGCACCCUUCAGAUCCUAGACUACGCUUGA